AUGAUGAGCUGGUAUGCCCGAUGGAAUGGUACAGUUGAAUCCUUGGAACCAAAAUGGGCAGGUGGUCGACCACGUACCAUGAUAAAGGACCAAGUAACGGAUUACAUUUUAAAUUUUGUCGAUGAGAUGAGCAAGCAAUACAAACCGGUGAAUUGCAAAAUGGUACAAGAACACGUUGAAAACUCAUUAAAUAAGCAAGUUCCAUUGAAAACGGUUCAAAGAUACGGUAGACAAGAAUGUGGCAUCAAAAUUGAUGAUAGGUAUUGGCAUGAUAUUGCGAAAUUUCGAAGACGUUUACAAAGAUUGGCUAACGAUAGGUUAAUAUUUAUCGAUGAAACUACCAUUUAUUGCAACAUGUAUCCUCGUCGAACUCUUGUGGCAUCUGGGAAUCAGCCUCUAAUUCUUGUUGAGAAACCAUCUGCUUAUUCUCAACGUUAUGAUUUCAUUGGUGCCAUCAAUGGUUCCAAAUCAAUUGCUUGUAUGGUUUUAACACCCGAUGACCGAAAAGCAAAAGGUAUUGAAGGUAUCCGAAAACAUGUGGUGAAUGAUUGGAUUAUCAAUACAUUAGCUCCAGCAAUUAAUGCAUUAAAUAUCGACAAUAUGUAUUUCAUUUGCGACAGAAGUCGAGCCCAUCAAAAAGGCAGUAUGAUGGAAGCAUUGAAAAAAGCGAAAUGUAAAUCAGUAUUGGAUAUUUAUUUCAUGCCAACAGCUUCUGCUAAAUACGUAUCACCAUUAGAUAAUUCUCUUUGGCAUUCCAUCAAGGAAGUUAUUCGAAGCCAUCAUCCGAUUACAACAAAUAAUCUUUCAACGCUACUUUCGGAAACUUUUCUUUCCCUAUCGAAAAAUGAAAUAGCAAACGCGUUUCGAAAAUGUGCUAUUACAUAUGGAGUUGAUGUUUUUUAUGAUAAACCAUAUUGA